UUUACAUACAACUUUCAGAUAAACAAAUUGUUGAAUCUAAUUAAAAGUUUGAGAAUGAACAUUAGAGCGUGAAUUCUUGUUUGAAGAUAAACGAUAAAGCUGUGUUAUAUUCGGAUAUAUAGAUUGCUUUCUGCAAUACGACUAUACGCCAGAGUGUGAAGCUGUAUCCGACCGAAAAAGGAAAAAGAAAGAAAGACAUAAAAAGCAUAUUGAUAAGAAAUAUUAAAACAAGAAAUAUUAAAAGAAGUGGAAGUGAGUGUUAAAAAAUAACAAACCAGGUUUAAAAGACACUUAAAAUCCCUUUAUGAGAUACAUGCCGCCCAUGGAUAGGUACACAGCUGCUCUUCUUGUGCUAGGGAUGUAUGCAUGGUGUUAUGGUCAAAGUGCAGUUGAAAGUUCUUGGCCAAAUGAGCAUGGUCUGAUAUUUACCAUAUCAAGAAGAUAUUAUGGUUGGCCGCCGACGAAAGUUAAACUGCGCUAUCUACCGAUAUAUCCAGGUUAUGAAAAUUUCUCGGGUAAUGUUCCUGGUGUUAACUUUUCAAACACCAACAUUCACUUCGUCAGUAUUGACGUGGAUUACAGAACAAAGUGUAUCUAUAUGUACGAAUAUCACCUAAGGUCAAUAGUGGUUGGAAUAGGUAACAGUAAAGAUCUGAAUAUGAGCAACAUGGAAUUUAAAAAUAUGCACGUCGGAGUGUCAAGAGGAAAUAUCCAAGUAGCGGUAGAUUGGCUGUCGCACACGGUGUACUGGACCGAUUCAGUGUUUCGGUGGAUUCUAGCAGCACCUGGUCAGAAAAACAAGAUCAAUAUGGAUUAUUAUAAAGUUAUUGCUGACAUUCAUCUUGAUAAACCUGAUGGUUUAACACUUGAUCCAUUUGAAGGGUAUCUCUUUUGGUCAGAUAAUGGAAAACAUCCUAAAAUAGAACGUUCAGACUUAAUGGGAAGGAGCCGGCACACAAUCGUUUCCAAAUAUUUAGAGUCACCACUCACUCUGGAGGCAGAUAUAUUCGGAAAACGAAUUUAUUGGAUUGAUUCAAAACAAGAGUCAAUAUUGUCAACCACCUACAAUGGGGAAGAUGUCAUAUUAAUCCAGAGGAUUCCAAAUUCAAAGUUAUUUGAUUUGGCAAUAUACAGGGAGGUUGUAUAUAUCAGUGAUUUUCGUGGUAAUGUGUAUACUCUAAACAAAACCAAAGGUAUACAUUUGGGUAGACAAGAGUCAAUAACUAUAAAAUUUUCCCAAGAAAAUGUCUAUGGUAUAGCUGUAUACGGAGAUGAAAAUCAACCGCUAAAAGAUAAAGAUUAUUGCGCCGAAAAGACCUGUGAUCAUUUAUGUAUAUCAACAAAAACUGGUGCAGAAUGCUUAUGUUCUGAGGGAUACAAGAAAAAUGAAACCAGCGGCAAAUGCCAAGAAUUCAGUGAAGGCAUUCUCAAAGCUAUUGUUGUGGCGAACAGGACUCAUAUCUGCUUAACAGACAUUCACUCCUUUAUACAAACGGAGUACGAUUAUCUGUGCAAAUUUACUACUACUCCUUCCCCAGCAAAAAGGAAGAAGAGGCAAGCCUUGACAACGACAUUGCCAACUGCAAGUACUACGGUCGUAAAGACAACAAUGCCGUCUACAGAAGAACCAGUCGGCUUCAUCAAAAUGUUUGACAUGGACAUGGAGAACAGAAUCUUCUUUUUUGCCACAGAGGGCAAUACAAUAUAUAAAAGACCUAUAGAUUUGCCGAUUGAGAACAAUGUAAAGGAAACAAUCAUUAGAACGACUGGAAACAUAACUGGUCUUGCUUAUGACACAGAGGACACUGACAAUUUGUACUGGUGUGAGUCUAAUACAAAUAGCGUGUGGGUUGUAAACGUUGGAACAAAGGCGUCCAAAGUUAUCUAUAACAAAAUUUCAAAUCCCAAAGAUAUCGUGGUUCUUUUGGAACACAGAAUGUUAGCAAUGAUAACAGGAACGAAUAGAGACAUUUAUAUUAAAACAAUGACCAUGGACGGUUUAAAUGUUCGAAACAUUACACAUGGAAGACAGGAGAUUUCCGCAUUUACAUUUGAUAGUCACAAAAACUUGUUCUAUUACAUUGUGGGAAGAUACCUGUACAGUACAUCAUUUAAUACAGAGAGUACACAUUUAAUCUUCCAUUCACUACACACCGAUGCAUUUAACCUUUUCGUCUAUCAAAAUUACUUAGUUUGGAUUCAUCCUACAAACACAGGAGGUCAUUAUGUAAAUUCAUAUGACAUCGACUCCAGAAAGAGCGUUAGGCAAUUCCUUAAGGACGGGAUCCUUGGAAACACCUCUGUUGAUAUUGUAGACAUGAAAGUUUUAGACAAACGUCUUCAGUCAACAAAUAUAACCAAUCCUUGUGCAUACAGAGAUGGUGGGUGUUCUCAAAUCUGCAUAACACAUUACACCAAUGAUGAAAUGACGCCCGUUUGCGGAUGCCGUCUAGGAUAUACCCUUAGCAAAGAUAAUGUUACCUGCAAUUCAAAUUUUGUAGAGGAUAGCUUUCUCCUUGUGGCUGAUUGGACAAAUAAUGAGUUACUUCAAAUAAACCUGGAGAAUGGUAACAUCAGUGCCAUGCCAAACUCCGAUAAUGAUGAUUAUAGAGGCGUCUUUAUUGAUGUUGAUACAAAGAAAAUAAUCUGGUCAGAAAAUUAUGACCAUAACAUAUACACCGCCAAUUUGAACGGGACAGACCAGCAAAUACUGACUGAUAUAGGAUAUUACGUAUAUCCAUAUCGUUUUGACAAGGAUAUGACUACAGGAAACUUGUACUUCACCUUCAACAAUGAACCUUUUAUUGGAGUAUUAACACCUUCAGGAGAUUACGUUGUUUUGAAUAGAGUUUUUCCUUGGACAAAUGGCGAUCUUGUGGUUCAUCCAGGAAAAGGAUGUAUGUACUACACAAUCGAUUAUGGUCGCAAAAGAAUAUCUGUGGGCCGAGCAGACAUGGAUGGGAAAAACAGGGUUGAGUUAAUCAAGGGAAGUCAUGUUAAAAAACCAGAAGGUCUAGCAAUCGACUUUAUAAAUGACCAUCUAUACUGGGCUGAUUCAAAGUACGAUACAAUACAACGUUGUGAUCUUGAUGGAAAAGACUGUGUUACUAUAGUGAACAUGACGGGGACCAAUCGAUUCGAGGAAAUCAAAGACCUUGUCACAGAUGGAAAAUAUUUGUAUUAUUCCGCAUUCAGAAAUGAUCAUGUCGUUCGUGUGGAGUUGAAACCACCGUACACCAGGACUUUAGUAGGACAGAAUCCGGGCCUAGGAAAACUUGAUAGGAUCGCAUUUUACAGCAGCACGAACAAUAAUGUACAAGCAGUCAGUAAUGCAUGUAAAGCUCGCAAUGGUCGUGGAGACUGUAGUACAAUAUGCUUUCCGACUCAGACUGGUAGAUCAUGUGCCUGUGAAAAUGGAAUUGCGCUUAAAGCCGACGGUCGAACUUGCGCCAACGUCUACCAGUGUACAGAUCUUAUUCAGCAGACAGUUUUACUAAGUGGGGGCAAAACAGGCGAGGUUGAUGUCACGUUUGGUAGUUCUUGUCUACGACACCUUCACCACAAAUGCAGAUACAGGUGUCCAGCCAAUUUCAUGCCAGUUUUUGACACCGUUUUAACAUGCACGAAUGUGGGAUGGGAUCUGGAGUCAGAAACGCUCUGUAAAGAAUUAAGAUGUCCAUCAUUUAUUGAGAACGGCCAGCUUGAUUCAAAUUGUACACGAGAAGUGGGCCGGCCAUGCGAUUACCAGUGUAAUAAGGGCUUUAUAAAGACGACAGAAAUUGCAGUUUGUACCAUAAAUGGAACGUAUCAUAUACCGGAAAGUGAAUUGUGUGCAGACUUUCUUACUGUGGUAAAAUGUCCGUCAACAAUACCAAAUGGAGAAAUUACUGGAACAUGUAGCCGAACAGUUGGAGAAACAUGCGAAUUCAAAUGUUAUUGUGGUUUUAAAGCAGUCAGCUCCCUUUAUAAAAUAAAUUGUAAUAGCACCGGACAAUGGGAUGCAGCAGACAACGUAUGCCUUGAGAUUAAGUGUCCUAGCACUAUCGACAAUGGAAAACUAAAUCGAGACUGCCAAAGAAAAAUCGGUCACAAAUGCAAUUAUGAAUGCGAUGACGGUUUCGUUAUGACUAGAGAAAAUGUUGUCUGCACAGGAAAUGGAUCAUACCAUGUACCAGAAAAUGGUCUUUGCACGCCAUUUAAAUGUAGUGAUACAAUUGAAAAUGGUAAACUGGAUGAGGACUGUGCAAGAACUCUUGGUGAAACGUGCACGUACAGGUGUAACAAAUACUUUUCUCCAACAUUCAGUAACAGACGAACUACCUGUCAAGCUGACGGAUGGAAUCCGGAUUCCUCCACUCUUUGUAAAGAAUAUGUAUGUGUAAAUAAUUCUCUGGCAAAUGGACAUAUCACAGGAAAAUGCUUGAGUAGAGUUGGUGACACGUGCACGUUUCAAUGUAACCAAGGUUUUGUCAACACAACAAAUGUAGCCGUUUGUUUAGAUGAUCUUGUAUGGCAUCCAAAGGACAUAUGCACCGCAUUUAAAUGUAGUAAAUCAAUUGAAAAUGGUAAACUGGAUGAGGACUGUACAAGAACGCUUGGUGAAACGUGCACGUACAGGUGUAACAAAUACUAUCCUCAAACAUUCAGUGACAGACGAACUACCUGUCAAGCUGGCGGAUGGAAUCCGGAUUCCUCUGCUCUUUGUAAAGAACCUAUAUGUGCGAAUAUUUCCCUGGCUAAUGGAAAUAUCGUUGGAAGAUGCUCAAGUAAAGUUGGUGACACGUGCAAGUUUCAAUGUGAGCCAGGUUUUGUCAAUACAACUGCUGUAGCCAUUUGUUUAGAUGAUCUUGUAUGGCAUCCGAGAGACGCAUGUACAGCUUACAAGUGCGACGAUCAAAUUGAAAAUGGAGCAUUAGAAGAUGGAUGCACAAGGACGAUCGGUUCUUCGUGUCGAUUCAACUGUAAUAAAUAUUUUAAGUCAAGCAUCGCAACGCAGCUGAUUACCUGUCAGGCUACUGGAUGGAAUCUGCGUACAACUGAACUUUGCAAAGACUCAAUAUGUGAGGACAAAACUCUAACAAAUGGGAGAACAAUGGGGCAAUGCACAAGCAAAAUUGGCGAGACGUGUAUGGUACAGUGUGAUAAAGGUUACACCAAUACAACCGAUAAAGUCGUUUGUCAGGAUGACAGUACAUGGCAUCCUUCUGACUCGUGUACAGUAUUCACAUGUAGUGAUAAAAUUGAAAAUGGUCGUUUGGAUCCAGGAUGUGCACGAAGAGUAGGUACGUCUUGCAAAUACAGCUGUAAUAAAUAUUAUACUCCAAGUGUAAAGGAAUUUGAAAUUAAAUGCCAGGCCGAUGGAUGGAGCCCUGUUUCAACUAAUCUCUGCAGAGUUUCUGUAUGUGAGGACAGUUCCCUCUCCUAUGGAAACAUAAUAGGAAUUUGUUCUAAAACAAUUGGUGUCGUUUGUGAGUUCCAGUGCGACAAAGGUUAUGCAAAUACAACUAACUUAGUUGUCUGCAAAAGCGACAAAAUGUGGAAUCCUAGGGAGUCUUGUAAGGUUCUGAAGUGUCCUUCUACAGUUCCAGACGGAGAGAUCACAGGAACCUGCGAUUUUUCCAUAGGAGCAAAAUGCAUUUUUAAAUGUAAUGCUAACUUUAUUGCAAACGAACUUUAUCAAAGUAUCACAUGUAAUAGCAGUGGACAGUGGGAUGCUUCGGAAGAACUUUGUCUUGUAUCAGAGUGCAAGGACAGUUCACUGUCUAAUGGAAAGGUUACAGAAAAAUGCAAGAAAAUGGUUGGCGAGACUUGCUCAGUAACGUGUACUCAGGGUUAUGUCAAUACAACCACAGUGGCUAUCUGCAGAAAUGAUUAUAUUUGGCACCCAACGGAGUCAUGUAUACCUAUAAAAUGUUCUCCUUACAUACCAAAUGGAGAAAUCACUGGAACAUGUGACUUAACCAUAGGGGCGACAUGCAAUUUUACGUGCUACAGUGACUUUAAAGCAGCUGACCUACUUAUGAAUGUAACUUGCAAUGCUAGUGGACAUUGGAGCAUAACAAACAAUCUAUGCCUUAAGCGAAUAAGUGUCACCAGAGAAUCGUCGUCGUCAAAUGGAUUACCUGUGCCAGGUGUCGCAGCUGGAGUAGCGAUUUUGCUAUUAGCAGUCUUCUUGCUAAUUGGUGCUCUUAUAUUUCUGUUUCUAAGAGGUAGUAGUAAUUUGUCACCUUUUGGCCAUAAUAGAACAUCCGCCUUUGAAAAUCCAGGUUACUUACAGAAUACUGACCUCCCUGUCCAAACUAUAGAUGAAUCCUAUGUUCUUUACUAAAGAUGCUUCAUCCAGCGAUGAACUUAUUUCAAAUCCCAUGUAUGACAAUGAACAACUGCCAGAUGCUGCACAAACAGACAUGACGAAUGAUAAGCAUGAUUCAUGGCAGAAGGAAAAGAAAAAGCUUGAUAUGAACAAAUAUUAAAUAUGUUAUCACUGUGUUUUUUUUCUUCUCGAAUAACAAAGACGUGGUUAUGAUAUAUUAUCAUUUCUUUGUUAACUUGUAAAUACUUAUUACGUUAAUAUAAUCGGUGUAAUAAAUCAAAAUCAAAAA